UCUCUCUCUCUCAACAGCGCAUUUUACCAUUAGUUGACUCUCAGCCUUCACAGGGAGAGGACACGCGCUCUCUCUCCUCUCCCAGCGCCCUUACCCACAAUUCUCACACGUACACACGGCUCAUGUACGUUUCUUAAGCCUGUGUACGUAUCUAGAGCCCUUCACGUACAUAAAACAAUACGUACAUGCGUGUGUCCUUGCGUGUGUGCGUGUGUGUGCGUUUUAAUUAAAGGUGUUCACAGGAGCAGGUGUGUGUGUGUGUGUGUGUGUGUGUGUGUGUACGUGUGUAGAACCGUGACUGUUUGAGAGAGAGAGAGAGAGAGAGAGAGAGAGAGAGAGAGAUGUGAAAUAGAGAAAAUAAAAGCAAGAAUUAAAGAAAAGUGAGAAAAUUUAAAGAAAGUGAGCGAGACAAAUUAAAGCUAGCUCUAAUUAUGAGGAACUUUAGCAUGUCAGUUGUGAUGAGAGAGAGAGACAGACCUCAGAAGAUGUGGCAGCCCUGGUACAUGGACGAAGCGGAGGGCGGCGGAAAGGAGCUGCCCAGUAGAACGCAAAGAGAACAGAGAGCGAGAGAGAGAGUUACCAUCAAUAGGCACCCCUCCCUCCUCCUGCCGGGACCCCACCCCCACCACCACAACCACCACCAUCACCUCCACCCCCCCCACAGCCCAGCGUGUUCCAGCGACGAAGAUGAAAUUAACGUUGUAGAUUUGACACCCCCUGGGAACAGCGCCCCCCACGCCUACACCCACGGCGCCCAUGCCUUCCCAAUGGAGGAGGAGGCGUGUGAAGGACCCCUCGACAUGUCCACCAAGCGUCGUUCACCCACGCACUCCACACGCCCGCAAAAUCACGCCCAAAACUCACCGUCACCUCCACCCUAUCAUCCACGCCCGUAUUACCUGCCGCGCCCAUCUGUUAUUACCUGCGUGGCGCCCAAAUACCCACACGCCCCCGCGCCCGCCCACGUCCAUAGAGAGCCGCCCCCGUACAGCGUGGCCACAGCUCUCCUCACCCAGCAGCGCACGCACUCACACGCAAUGGAAUCAAGACAAGUUAUGCAGGCAGGUUCGGUCGAUCCAGAGAUAGACGAACAUUUUAGGAGAAGUUUAGGACAAGACUAUCACCACCUCUUCGCUGCCCCCUCCCCCCCCACUGACCCCUCCACCGACUCAGUGGAUGACCAUUUUGCGAAGGCUUUGGGCGAGACGUGGACAAAGCUACAGGCGGAGAGAAAAGACACCUCCUCCUCCUCCUCCUCCUCCUCCUCCUCCACCUCCUCCUCCUCCACCUCCUCCACCUCCUCCACUUUGACCGAAGGAGGAGGAGGAGGAGGAGGAGGAGGAGAAGGAGAGGAGGGAGGAAAUGGAAGAAGAGGCCAUGGUUUAAUCUCCUCCUCCUCCUCCUCCUCCUCCUCCUCCUCCUCCUCCACCUCCUCCACCUCCUCUUCUUCUGUGACUUCUCCUGCCAGACUCAUCUCCACCUGAGAGAGAGAGAGAGAGAGAGAGAGAGAGAGAGAGAGAGAGAGAGAGAGCUU